UUGAUCAUACGAACACGUUGCACGAGUUGUUUAUAAUUAAAACUAUUUCGUUGCGUGGUUUAAGGUGUUAAGAAAUUGUGUCGAUAAAGGAUUGAAAUUUAACUUAAAAUUAAAAUUUAAUUGCCAAUAACAUCAAUGGCAGUUUCAAUUCGCGUUAAUCCUGAUAAAUUAUAGUUUUGAUCAUAAACGAAUUCUGAACAUUACAAGCGGUUCUGUUGAAUUGUACUUAAGCACAAGCCAAGGCAGAAAAGUAUAAGAACUAUGAUAUUUCAGAACGUUCUAGCUUCAACGUCAGCACUUGUCGUUGCACUCAUUCAUUUAGGAUAUAUGGAUGUGGUGGGUUCUUCUGAAGUGCGCCUCAUACGUGGCAAUGACUUCCUUGGUAUGGUCCAAAUUCAUGAAAACGGAACGUGGCAUAACCUUUGUGCGGAUGGGUUUGGUAGAAACGAUGCAAAAGUUGUGUGCACGCAACUUGGGUUCAAGAUAGGAAUAGCUUUGAACAUGAGUUCUGGAAGACAUUUGAAUUUAGUUCGUCCGAAAAUUGCUUGUAAGGGCAAUGAGAGCUCGACAAUGAAAUGCAGAUAUGACAAAGGAGGACGUUGCAAGGAGAGACGGAAAAAUGCCGGAGUUAUAUGCUACAACCAAAUCAAGCCUACUGUACGAAUGAACGGUACAUCAAAUUCCGGUGUGGUUGAGAUUCAAGUGGACAACCAUAAUUUCACAAUAUGUGAACGUCAGCGGGAUAUACGGUGGGGGCAUGGUCCAUCUGGCACAAUCUGCAAACAACUAGGCUUCAACGAUGGGAAAGACAGGAUAUAUCCAAAUGGUGGCCGGACUAUGCUAGCUGUAAGCCUCUUGUGUGACAACAACCACAAAUCCAUUUUCUCGUGCUCCUGGUCCUUUAAAGACAAUUCCGAAUGUCUACAAGAGAAUAGUACUGCUGGUGUGGUGUGCUACAGUAAUGUGCGUAUUUCUGGUGGUUGGGAGAACGACACAAUGAUUGCUGGUGUCGUUGAAAUGUAUCAUCCCGGCUAUGUUGCCGAUACGAAUUGGUUCACCAUAGGUCAUACCGGUUUCGACGAAAGAGAGGCGCUGGUUGUGUGUCGAGAACUGGGAUUUCCUUACAGCAAACUUCUACCGUUAGGAUUAUUUGGGAUAAAGAGCAUUCCCAUUUUCCACCAAUUUAAUUGUAGUGGAAAUGAAACUAACUUUACUGACUGUGACUACGUAAAGGCAAGCCUGAGAGACUUCCACACCGAGUAUUCCUGUGUAAGUGCGCAUGGAGCAUGUUUGGGAGGAUCAUUCAAGACCUAUGAAUACUCUUCUGUUGUUUGCUCCGAAUACCCUAUAGGAAACACAGGAAUUAAGGUCCUUCCCAUUGAUCAGUCACCUUCAAUAGUGUAUGUGGAGAAAGAUGGAAUAAAGGGGGUCAUCCACCCUGAACAUUGGGACGAUGAUGACGCCAAGAUAAUGUGUCGACAGCAGGGUUAUAAAACAGGCGUCGCCCUCGGGCCCCGGAAUGCAGAUCCCAGAUACCCAUAUUGGAUGUCAAAAGUGCAAUGUCAUGGAACAGAAGGGCACAUCGAAAAUUGCAAUUAUGAUGAAAAACCUCCUCUGUGGAAUGAUAACGCAUUUAGGGGAUCUCGCAGCGUCGCACAAGUCCAUUGUACAAAUGGAACAGGUGUCGAGAUAAAACUUGAGUCAGGGACAUCGCCAAAUUCGGGAAUGGUAAAGGUUUCUGUUAGCGGUGAAUGGGGCGUUAUCUGCGAUAUGAACUGGACUAAUAUGGACGCCAGGGUAGCUUGUCGGCACUUGGGUUUUAAAGAUGGUUAUGCUGGUACCAAUGUUAUCAAAUCAAUAGGAACAGGGCGUUUAUGGUUGUACAACAUUGAUUGUACUGGGGUAGAGCAGUCUAUAUUCUCCUGUCCGGCAUAUUUCAAUGUUACGAACCAACAGUACAAUGCUUACUGCAUGCCGUACGUUUUCUGUUCAAAAAAAGUUCGUCUCCAACCAAAUGUGACAUUUGGCGCAGUUCUAGUAUGGGACCGGGAUAACUAUCACCUUGUGUGUGCGGAAGGUUUUGAUGAUCUUGCUGCACAAGCAGUGUGUCGAUCUCUUGGUUUCGCCUACGGGACAAGCAUAUGCUGCUCCGCUUUCGGAAGGAUGGAAUACAGCAUUAUUUAUAGCAAUGUGAAAUGUACUGGUAUCGAGUCAGAUUUACUCAAAUGCGAUUAUGUUAAAUACAUUCCAAACUGUACAAGUGGACAUUACGCCUCUGUAGCGUGCUCAAAUAAUCCUAAAAAUGAAGAUUAUGAAUUAAAGAUACAUCCAUCUGGAAAAGUAACCACUAGACAUUUUGAUAAUUCGGGCUUUAUCUGCGCUAAUGGUUUUGACGAUAAAGAAGCGACAGUUAUUUGCAAGGAGAUGGAAUAUAAAGGUGGAUCUGCGUACUUCCAUUCAAGGCAUACGAAAUAUUCAACAGUCCCACUUCUAGGAGUUCCAUGGUUAGCAAAUAUUGGUUGCAAGGGAACCGAAAAGAAUCUAGGAAAAUGUGGAAAAAUCAAUUGGGGCUCAGUUGGUUCUUGCGAUAAUAACAGAAUACCUGCAGUUUACUGUUACAACAAAUCGGGUUUUGCUUUCGCGCUAGUAAAUGGAACAGAUAAAGGUAAUGGGCUUGUUGAGUUCACCCUAGAUGAUAAAAAAGGCGCAAUAUGCCUUCGCCAUAGCCGUAUACAAGAACGACAAAAGAUUGCAGCCAUAGUAUGUAAACAACUUGGAUAUGGAAAUGGCAGCCUGCUUUUGAAUGGUACUGAUGUUGAUAAUGAAGUCGCUUUAAUGCAACAAUUUCCUGGAAAGUUGGAUAUGUUUAUAACCAAUGUUAAGUGUAACGGAAAUGAGAGCAGCCUAGCGGAGUGCACGUUUAGGAUUUUAGAAGACUGGUCGUCGUUCACUGAGGACUGGAUACGGAUAACUACUAACGACUGUACCGACGCGGGUUGUAUGAGAGCACGAAUGUACUACCGAGUACAUGAGAUGGAACAAGAACUCUCAUGUUGGGGAGGAAAACGACGUCUCGCUGUCAGAUGCUUCAUUUAACUCCAUGUUUUGUGCUUUUUGAAAAUUCGACAGAAUAGCACUCGUUUGAUUAUUUUUCUAGUAUUUUUCAGAAUACUCUCCAUGUCUGGAACUCCUAUGACCAUGUGUCAUUAAAAUACGAUUGUGCACUAGAAUAAAAAAAUGCAAAAAACUAAACAUGUUAAGAGUUUGCAAUCAACAGGAAUAAAAGUAUAGUUUUACAUACAAUUAGAGUUGAUCUACAGUGAUUUAAAUUUCUGCACGCAUGUAGACUACUUACUCAAGGGUUCAAUAGACGAAUGGUUUAAGAAAUGCCCAAUAGAUACCGCUUGGUUUAUUUUACGAAUACAAUUGAAUAAUACCAAACCUCGAUCGAAAUGCCUUACUCUCAGUAAAUAUCAAAUCAUAUUCAAUGGCGCACUGGUCAAUAAUUGUAUAAUGUGAGAGGCGAGUAUCUAAAAGGAUGGUGCACAUUUUCAAACAACUAUAUAGACCGUUUAUAUCUCAUGACACACAUUUGAAUAUUGUAAUUUAUGUUGUAUAUUGGGUUUUAGGUAUAUAAUCAAAACAACGACUUAAAGUAUUAGAGGCAUUUAUUGUUUUCGAUUUGGCCUAGGGCUCUAGGUUACAACGCUAUUCGAUGUAUAUCACAUGAGUAAAAUAAUCAAGCAGUAUCUUCCAAAAUUGAUCAAUGAAAAAUAAAUUUUGAAUCUCAGACAAUAAAUAUUGAAUAAAAGUGGCAGAAAGUAAAUACAAUAUAUAUAUAUUGACAACUUGUUUAAUUGAGUUGUCAUUUUCCAUAUAAUGACUGUAUCAAAUUGUACUCGUCAUUGCCGGAAUAUAUUUCGAUCAAAGAUUGCUUGGCCUGAAAUUAGGUUCUAUUGUGUCGUCUGAAGAAUGAAUCAGACGGAAAUGUUUUCUAUUGUUAUUCUGACCUCAGAGGAGACAUGAACAUUGCACAUCUGGAAUAUUUCUUCACAGACAAUCAUGUGGAAUUUUUCCCAGUAAACCUGGUUAUUUGAUAAUAAUUACAAACAAAAACAAAAUGAAUGAAACCACGCUAUGUUUGCAGUUGUGUACCUGGGCUAUAGGGAUGAUUUGAAUAUAGGAAAAUAGUAUCCUUGUUUAUGUUGUGUUAAUAUGUCACUACAAUGCUUUCAUUUAACAUUUUAGUCACACCCAAGACCCAUUUGCAUAUUAAUCUUAUUUAUUAUAGUUCAUUGUUUUAAACAGAAAAUUAACUACUUAUUGCUCAAUCUUUUUUUUAAUUGAAGUAUUCUCUAACUUCCAGUAACACUCGUAAGAAGGAUUUUUGACAUGUCAACAAUUUUUCUCUCCUUUUACGGAUAAUUGAGUAAGGACUCGUAAGAAAAAUUUAUUGCUAUCUCGCUGAAUUAUUAUGAGAUCUUACACUGAAUAAACUAUACUAUAAUUUUACAUACUAUAAAAAUAAUUAUCCUCUUAAGUUUUAACUUAUAUACAUAAAAAAUCAUAAAAUAAUGUUGACGACAGUACUAAUGCCAUCUAGAGCACGGCCAAAAGGUUAUCAAGAAAUGGUUAUAAUAUAUAUGUGUAUGAUUUGUAAGUGCAAAGCACAUAUUCACAUAACGCUGUGUCUUACAACAGCCAGAAGACGGUCCUUUCCCUGCGACCUGUUCCAUAACAUCAUCAAGGCGAGAACUUAUCUCAGACAUUAACACCUCUUGUUCCAGGUUGACAUGCAAACCAGACAUUGUAAAAGGUAUCAUAGUAAAACUGUAACAUGUUUAAGUUCUGAAAUGUGAAUUUUGGAUGUCUGGGUGUUUGGAUGUUACUUUUGUAUUAUCUUAAAGGGUUUUAUGUCUAGAAGAAGAAUAUGUAAAAGAAGAAUAUCCUCAUGCAGACAGGCUGUUGUGGUCUUGUUACUAGGUUAUAUAGUUAAUAAGUGGGAUUUCAGUAUGGACUACGAUAUAUAUACGAAAACAGGUAUGGGGUCGCCAUGCAAAAAAUGAAUCUUUGUCAUUAUCUAAAUGAAUCUGCGUAAUGAGUAUGAGCACAAUACCAAUGAUACCCCGCACUUUUUUAAAACAGGUUGACCUUUAUAUUAUAUUCCUUUAUUAUAACCGCAACCCUCAUAAUUGAAAAUGUCCGCUCACAAUUAUGCGCCCCUGUACAUAUUAAAAAAUCGAUUUGUUGGCGCCGUACCUUUUGAAAGUUAAAUAUUUGUAACCAAAUACAACAAUGUUCAGUAGUUUCUAAUUAUUUUUUUCCAAACGAAAAAGAGUGAAAAAGGAGGAGGGGGUGUUAACCAUACCAAUUGUCAAGGCUUCCUGAAACUCUCCGUUUUGUGCCUAUAAUGAUAUAUAUUAUUUCCACUUUUUUCUAGUAUUUGUAUCAAUGAUUGGUUGGGGGUGAUU